GUCAUGAGUGUGACUAGCCUGAGCUCGUAUAAAUUAUUUACAAGUCAACUCAAGUGACAUCGGCAAAUGCAAUACAUAAUCUAACUGUAGGUACACGAUUAAGCACUAGUUGGGCCCUAGUAAAUCGUUACAUCGAACAACCCAAGUUACUGGGUCCGUUCACUCCACGAUCUACCAGGCAUUGAUACAAGGAUAAUAUCUCACGAUUGACCGUCUGUCUCCAUGUCACCCAUCGGGAGCGUAUUCUUGGGAGAUUUCCAGCGACACCGUAUAUUAUCUUCUACACCCCCAUCAUCUCCCCCGCCCGGCCAACUUGGACAUCAAAUGAACGUCGCAUCUACUUCACAAUCUUUCGAGGAACUCGUGGAACCUUUGGAUGAGGUUCAGUCAGAGUUGUCCGCUGAGCAGCCUACUCAGGCUGCUGCUGAACCAUCACCCGCGCCUCCCGUCAUAAAUCCCGCCCUAUCACUAGAGCUGAGACUCCGCUGGCUCGAAGCGCUGCUUCUAGGUGUGCGGCAGGAUGCGAGGGAUCGCAAGGGCAAGGACAAAGUAUCAGAGCUUAAACACGGUGAAACCCUCAUUCGCCUAGCAGAGGACGUGCAAAGGCGACUCGAUAGCGUCAUACAGUCCAACGACGGUCUUGCAAAGUUCAUGAGCAAAUACGACCUGCAUGCCCAUCUACUGACUGCAGCAUUCGCUCUGUCGGGGGUGCUCCCUGGGCCAGCCCCGACGUAUGAAAACAUGUCUCCAGAAGAACUGGAAGCGCUGCUGGUAGAGAUGGAGCCGGAAAUUAGAGCUGCUGAUAGGGACAUGCGCGAGAUCGAAAUGCUGGAACAAAAAGGCGUGACAGCAGCUGGAAAACUCGCAGACUAUGAGGUAUUGCAACCUCGUUUGGACGCGCUUUUGAAGGCGCACCAGGAGGAUAUUAAACUAGCUGCGUCGUUGGAGAAGCGAAUAGCAGCUCUUGUCGACAGACAUGCUACACAUGUGGAUGCGCUCUCAGAACUCUUCGUAGCAUGGGACGACAUCCUCACCGAGACCGAAAACAAAGCCACGAAACUCGAACGUGACCGCGAAGAGCGCCAACGACUGGGUUACGAAUAAACACACCUACGCACUGUAUCAUACCGCACCCCACCAUACUUAAGUUACGCUCCUUAUAAUGACAAUGACGAUGGAAUCAUUAUGAUAA